GGAACCACGAAAAAACAAGCAGAACCGUCAAAACAUAAACAGAGCAGGCAACCUUGCGUGAAUGCAGCUAACUUGCUGUAUAGUCUUUAUCUUACACAAAGCUUUAUGCCCACAUAAUUAAUGUCGUGUUUUUCUGUCAGAGGGUUUCUAGUCGAAGCACUUAGCUCAACUGCUAAGUAGCGGAGCGGAGAAAAAUAAAUCUGCACUAAAGAUUAGGACUAAACUAAGAAGUACGUCUCGUCCGGCCUUCGAGUAGAGGUUCUCCCCUCGGGCUGACGCACGACAGACAGAAUGGCUGAGGCUGACGGCAAAUCCACUGUGCUUAACGGUGGGUCUGAAGAAAAAGAGCCUGGAGAAGAUCAUAACAAGGAAGAAGAUGCCUCUGGAAGCAAAGAAGGACAAACACAGUUCCCUUCUCAAGAUGUAGCUUCCACAGAAACAGGAGAAGCAUCUGGGGACAAGCCUAUGCCAGAUGUGGAAGGACAGACAGGGGCAGAUGGAGACGGAGAGGAGGAAGAAGACACAGACAGUAUGGACGGCAGUGGUCUCUAUUCCUUCACAGAGGAUGGUGAAAGAGAUAGUGAAGGUGGCAGACAAGAGAGGGCAAAGGAUAAAGAUGCUGGGAAAAGGGCAGCUAGAAAGAGGAACAGACCUGGCGGUGGCACCAAUCACUCCUCCAGCUCAGAUGAUGAUGAUGAUGAGGAUGAAGAAGAAGAACAGAAAGAUGAUGAUGAUGAUGAUGAUGAUGAUGACGACGACGAUGAGGCUAUGGAAGCAUGGCUGGGAGCAGAGCUUCGUGAGCUCCGUGGUCCUAUAUGGCGGGCGGUUCCCUCACUGCGCUCCAGGGAGAUUGGCAGGGACUUGCACCAGUUUGUGAGACGUGUAUGUGGAGCCCGAGGCCUUGUGCAGAGGCUGGAGCUCCAGGGCCGCCUGGAGAAGCACACAGGCUGCGUCAAUACAUUGCACUUCAACCCCUCAGGCACACGCCUGGCGUCGGGCAGUGAUGACCUGCGAGUGGUAAUCUGGGACUGGGCCAACCGUCAAGAUGAGCUGGUGUUUGAGAGCGGCCACAAGAGCAAUGUCUUUCAGGCAAAGUUCCUGCCUCACAGUGGCGACUCCACACUGGCCAUGUGUGCUCGAGAUGGUCAGAUCAGAGUGGCUGAGCUCUCCGCCACACAGCGCUGCAAGAACACCAAGCGGGUAGCACAGCAUAAAGGGGCAGCACACAAGUUGGCCCUUGAGCCAGAUUCACCCUGCUCCUUUCUGUCUGCUGGAGAAGAUGCUGUGGUGUAUGGGAUUGACCUGCGUCUAGACCGUCCCGCCAAUAAACUGGUGGUUGUGAAGGAGGGUGAUAAAAAAGUCGGGCUGUACACAAUUUUUGUCAACCCAGCAAAGACACACCACUUUGCUGUUGGUGGGAGAGAUCAGUAUGUGAGAAUCUAUGACCAGAGGAAGAUUAAUGAGAAUGAAAACAAUGGUGUACUGAAAAAGUUUUGUCCUUCACAUCUGGUAUCCAGUGAAUCCAAAACCAACAUAACCUGCCUUGUGUACAGUCAUGAUGGCACAGAGCUCCUGGCCAGUUACAACGAUGAGGACAUAUACCUGUUUGACUCUAAUCAUAGUGAUGGGGCUGACUAUCGCAGAAGAUACAAGGGACACCGCAAUAAUGCCACAGUGAAGGGGGUGAACUUCUAUGGGCCAUGCAGUGAGUUUGUGGUCAGUGGCAGCGACUGUGGACACAUCUACCUGUGGGACAAGUAUUCCGCUCGUAUUGUCCAGUUUAUGGAAGGAGACAGGGGAGGAGUGGUGAAUUGUCUGGAGCCUCAUCCCCAUCUGCCAGGCCUGGCCACCAGUGGGCUGGACCAUGACAUCAAACUGUGGGCCCCCACAGCUGAAAGCCCCACAGGACUCAAGGGUCUGAAAGAGGUGAUGAAAAAGAACAAGCGGGAGCGUGAUGAAGACAGUGUGCGCCAUGGCGACCAGUACGACACCCAGCUGCUGUGGUUCCUGAUGAGACACAUGAGGAACAGACGGCCCCCGAGGACCCGCCGUGAGGGUGCAGAACCGGACACAGACGAGUCCUGGACCUCUCAAGAUUCAUCUGAUGAAGAGGAAGGAGGUCCAGACCAUGUUCAGUGCAUGUCCUCCUGAGCUCUCCUCACAUACACACAUACAUACAUACAUACUUGCAUACAUAUACAGUAUAUACACACACUUUAUUGCCCUUGAAUUGAUGCACAUAGGCAAGCACUAUUGAAACACUGGCGCACACAAAUACAGAUGAGCCACAGACUUAGGGUAUUUUUGUUUUUCCACACAUACAGUUUCACACAGAUAAACACAUACAUUUACAUAAACAUACUGUUGAAGCAGAGUGACAGCUGUUCUGAGUGUUCAAAUGGCGACUACAGACUGCAUACGCACUUCCAGGAUUCUUAUGUUUGAGCAUUAUACAAAGAGGUUUAGUGAGUGCUUGCAUCCCUAUAUACCACUUGGAGGCCCGUGUUUCCAUACAAUUUCUAUAUGCUCUGCCUAGUCUCAGAACAAUGUAGUAUGUGUGUAUGGCAACAAGCACCUCCUCUCUAGGCACCCUGUCGAAAGCUAUACAUCACCAGCACACAGUCCUCCCCCCCAGUCACGCACCUCUUGCUCUCGAGCUGUCUGUGCUGAUGAAGAGGUGUUCAGCUUU